GAUGAGAAGUCCACGUUCUUCCAGUUCGGCGCAGCUCUGCAGCAGGAGGCUCUGCUCAUGCUUUCCAUCAUGGAGGAGUAUGACUGGCAUGUUUUUUCUAUUGUCACUUCCAAGUUCCCCGGGUACCAGGGGUUUAUCAGCACACUGAAGACAACUGUGGAUCACAGCUUUGUGCGCUGGGACCUGCAGAGUGUAGUGACUCUGGAUGCUAUAGACGGAGACCCAAACUCUAAAUCACACAUUGCCCUGAAGAGGAUCCAGAGUCCCGUUAUACUGCUGUACUGCUCGAAGGAUGAGGCUAUAUAUAUACUAGAAGAAGCUCGAUCUUUGGGCCUGAUAGGAGCCGGUUACAUCUGGAUUGUGUCCAGUCUAACAACUGGCAACCCAGACUUCACCCCUGAGAUGUUUCCCCUAGGUAUGAUCUCCGUGUCCUAUGAUGACUGGGAGUACCCUCUGGACACACGAGUGCGGGAUGGGGUGGGCAUCAUUUCCUCUGCAGCCACCGCCAUGCUGCGGGAGAAGGGGGAGCUGCCAGAGGCCCAGAGCAGCUGCUACAGCACAGCGUCAGACAGGAGCCCGGGGAAGCUCCCACCCAGUGCCCUGCGCAGUGUACACAUGAUGCAUGUAUGGAACGAUGGCCGAGACUUAUCCUUUACUCCAGAUGGUUACCAGGCCAACCCCAAAUUGGUUGUCAUCGUCUUGAAUAGUGAAAGGAAGUGGGAGAAGAUGGGCCGUUGGGAGAACGGAACGUUGGCAUUGAUGUUCCCAGUGUGGCCAAGGUAUAACUCCUACGGGGACGAGGAUGCAGAUGAGAACCAUCUCUCCAUUGUCACGCUGGAGGAGAAGCCUUUUGUAAUUGUGGACAAUGUGGACAUCCUCACUGGCACCUGCAUGAGGAACUCUGUGCCCUGCCGCAAGCAUGUCAAAGAUAACAGCACAUCAGGAGGCUCCUACAUCAAGCAGUGCUGCAAGGGCUUCUGCAUCGACAUUCUGAAGAAGAUUGCCCGGAACGUCAAGUUCACCUAUGACCUUUACCUGGUCACAAAUGGAAAACAUGGCAAGAAGAUCAACAAUAUAUGGAACGGCAUGGUUGGAGAGGUGGUGUAUAAGAAGGCGGUGAUGGCAGUCGGUUCCCUGACCAUCAAUGAGGAGCGGUCAGAGGCCAUUGACUUCUCCGUGCCCUUUGUGGAGACAGGCAUCAGCGUCAUGGUGUCACGAAGCAAUGGGACCGUCUCUCCGUCUGCCUUCCUCGAGCCCUUCAGUGCUUCAGUUUGGGUGAUGAUGUUUGUGAUGCUGCUCAUCGUCACAGCCAUCGCCGUCUUCCUCUUUGAGUUUGUAAGUCCACUGGGCUUCAACCGCAACUUGGCCCAAGGCAAAGACCCACACGGUCCUUCUUUCACCAUCGGUAAGGCCAUAUGGCUGCUGUGGGGUCUGGUGUUCAACAACUCUGUGCCGGUGCAGAACCCAAAGGGCACCACCAGCAAGUUCAUCGUAUCAGUCUGGGCCUUCUUUGCUGUCAUCUUCUUGGCCUCCUACACUGCCAACCUGGCUGCCUUCAUGAUACAGGAAGAGUUUGUGGACCAAGUUACCGGACUGUCGGACAAGAAGUUUCAGAGUCCAUACUCCUAUUCCCCUCCAUUUCGUUUUGGGACCGUUCCUAACGGCAGCACUGAGCGCAACAUCAGGAAGAACUAUCCAGAUAUGCAUCAGUACAUGACCAAAUACCAUCAGACCGGCGUCGUGGACGCGCUAGUCAGCCUCAAGACCGGAAAACUGGAUGCUUUUAUUUACGACGCUGCCGUGCUGAACUACAUGGCGGGCAGAGACGAUGGCUGUAAGCUGGUCACCAUCGGCAGUGGUUACAUCUUCGCUACCACAGGUUACGGCAUCGCACUGCAGAAGGGAUCCUACUGGAAACGCCUGGUGGAUCUGGCCAUACUGGGCAUCAUAGGAGACGGUGAAAUGGAGGAGCUGGAGGCCCAGUGGCUGACUGGGAUCUGCCACAACGAGAAAAACGAAGUGAUGUCAAGUCAGCUGGAUGUGGACAACAUGGCGGGUGUCUUCUACAUGCUGGCCACAGCCAUGGGCCUCGCCAUCCUCACCUUUAUCUCUGAACACCUUUUCUACUGGAGGCUGAGAUACUGCUUCACCGGAGUCUGCACGGGAAGGCCAGGACUGCUGUUUACUAUCAGCAGGGGUAUAUGGAGUUGCAUCCAUGGUGUUCACAUAGAUAUGAAGAAAAAAAAUCCUGAGCUGGACUUCAGUCCUCAAGCCAACAUGCUGCAUCUGCUCAAGUCUGCCAAGUCAAUGGCUUUGUCGUCUCCCAAACGGAACACAGUCCUGGUGCAGCCCAGCAUCAUGGAUGUAAUGACAGGGAAAGGUAACUCACUCCAUGGUCUGCCCCCGAAGGGUCCUGGUCUCUAUAGCAACGCUGCUGGUCCGCAAGGUUUCCUGUCAUUGGCCGGGCGGCACAAAAACCUCCUCAACAAUGCUGCGCCAUUCCCUGUGCAACAAAAAGCGCCCCCUCACCAGACCAGCCCAAACAAGCCCCAGCUGUCAAUCACCAAUGAUAAUGGAAAGACCCGCCUUGCCGGGGCUGCGCUCACUGCCUCGAAACCUCGAAACUUGUGGAAGAAAAGUGUGGAGACAUUAAAGACCCAGCCUUCUGUUGCAUCUCCAGGUCCAAACCCCGCCCCCUCAUCUGGACCCGGACCUCCACAGAUGAAGAGCCAGCGCUACCUGCCGGAAGAGCCGCCGCACUCUGACAUCUCCGAGUGCUCCAGCCGGCCACCAUCACACAAAGAUUCUGACUCCAUGGGGGCGAGGGGUGGGUUCAAGCCAAUCAAUCAACUGAGAAAGAGGGGUGGUGGAGGAGGAGGAGGAGGAGGGGGAGGAGGAGGAGGAGGGGAAGGUGGGGGCAGAGGAUCAAAGAUCUACUCCAUUGACUCAGACCAGGCCAGUCUGCAGUCGGCUCCCCCCUACCAGCGAGACAGUCAAGGUGGUGACGACCUCAGUUACCCCCCUGACCUGUUUCCAACUGACGGCACAUACUCACAUGCUCACUCCCACCAGGGCGACACACCCAUUCUGCAGCUGAGUGCCAGUCUGCUGCAUCACAGUCACAGCGCUGAGGCCGACCUGCACUCUCUGAAGGACAAGAAAUACAGUACCUACACCCACAGCAGUGUGAAGGAGAAGGCUGGAGGAUCGUUUGAAGCACCUGGUGCAGCACAGGGGACACAGGUUCGCCCUGGCCACUGUCGCUCCUGCCUGACAAAGCUGAGCGGUUACUCCAGUCUUUACUCUGUCCGCUCACCUCAGGCCCGCUGCGAUGCCUGCGCCCACCUGGGAAACCUCUAUGACAUCAGUGAAGACCACCUACACUCACACUACUCCCACUCGCACACUCACCCACACAGCGGGGACAUGUUUACACACUACCUACCCCAGAGCGAGUUGGGUCUGGUGGGUGAAGGAGACGGUCUGGUGAGCCACUUCGAGCCCUCCCCUUCGUCCCCAUCUCCGCUCCCCACCCCCACAUCGGCCCCACACCUCCAACUGAGUCGUCAGCACUCCUACGAGAAUGUGCUUCCAGACGGCAUUCCUGAGCGGCAGCUGCACACACAUCUUCGGGGUUUGAGUCUGCCCGACAGGGAACGUGAUCGGGAGCUGACCCUGGACGAGGGGGCUUAUGCUAACGUUCUCACAAUGCGCUCUGAUCGUCCAUUCAGCAGCCGCAGCCCCCCCUCUCCAUCACCUUCUCAUCACCACAGCCUGGACACCCCGUUGCCUCUCCCUCGCCGCUCUAAGAGCCUCUUCCCGGACCGGCCCUCGCACAACCCUUUUCUCCAGUCAGCCCCUGGCACAACGCAACGAGACCCCGCCCCCCAGGCUGUCACAUGCAUGCCACAGAGAAAUUCUGCCCACGAGCUCUAUAAGCAGCGAAUGCCCCUUUCACUAACCCUCGGUAACCAUGGCAGCCAUCUCAAUAGCCAGCAUGGCAGUCAUGUCGACCAACAGGUGUUCUAUCCUCAGCAGGAGCCCCCUGUGGUGGCCUACAUGGUCUCACCCGCUGCCUCUCAGCCAAUGAGCUAUGUGACGGCGCCGCGAGCCUCAAGCGCAGGCGGCAACGCACGGCCUCGACUUUACCGCCGCAUGCCAAGCAUCGAAUCUGACGUCUGAGAGACACACGGAACACACUUUCUUUCACUGAAACACACUAACACGCACGCAUGCAAGACAGAGUUGUGUGUGUCGAGAACAGGCAGCUCUGAUUCUAAGCACAUCUGCAGAAACACACACACACACACACACAGAAACACACAGGUGAAAGACGAGAAGAUGUGCUCUGGACAUAAAGGUUAAGUAAAUAAAUCAUUGUUUCUUUAUCACAGCCUCUGUGGGGCAGGGCAGGGCCACAGGGACACCUGGAGGCACAAACCAGGAUGAAAAGUGUGUGUGCAUGUCAGUGUGUGCUCUAACCUCAAGCUGUGGGCAAAGAGGCACAAACUGACAAUAAGUCUGACGUGGCAGAUUGAAUUCCCACUGAAACUAGAGGGACACUGUACUCGAGGCUUCACACCGACAGUGAGAUCAGCCGGGGGAUACAAAAAGUGUGUUUGGAAGAUGAGCCGACUUGUUCCGCCCUUUCACCAGCCCUCUUUGAGAUGAAGGAGUCAGAGGAAACCCCUUUGUUUCUGAGAUUACACACCAAAACCCCACUUAUUUCACCUUAAAACACAUGCGCCCCCUCUCCAGGACUCUCCUGUUGCACUAUGAUUUCUGCAGUCAACCCGUAUGUUGUCUGAGCCUCCAAACUGCACUGCCAGCAUGGCUUAAAGAGUAGUAAACUAAACUAGAGUAAUCUUUGACUUGAAUGGAUUCCUCUUCGUAAUAAUCCAGACUUGGAGGCGGGCAGCUGGUUUGGACCCAGGUUUAAAAAGUGUUUCAGCUUCUGCCCUCAGAUGUACAAACACUGGAACACACACAUGCACGCUGUGUCUGUUAUUCGGGGGAACUAAUAAAACUAGUGACUGUUUGUUAUUGUUGAUGUCAGAUAAUUGAACAUUCCAAAAAAGUGGACCAAACAUGUCCGCCGGUAUCAGGAAGAGAGUGUGUGUUCUUGUGUUUCUACAUCUAAAGACUUAGUAUAGCUUCCUUGCUUACUCUCUUAGCUAGCCUUCAGGUCAUAAUGCAUGCUUCCUACUGCCCUGUGUUACAGUUAAACUCCUAUACAGGGUCAUAUAUGCACACACACAAACACACUUAUAUGCUCAUACACACACACACACAUACGCAGUAGUCUAGGAUAUUAGUAUAGGGUGUGUGUGUGUGUGUGUCGAAGCUAUGUGAUAGCUUCUUCUUUGUGCACUUUGUAGAUUUUAUACCCUGCCACCUAACACAGAUGUUUGACCAAAAACACUUUUAUACUAAAAAAAUAUGAACAUUCUCGAUUAUUCGCUGGAUAGAUGUUAUUUUCUCUCUCUUUUUCUUUGACAUUGGGUUUUAGGGCACCGCUAAGGGCACACAGUUCUGUUAUUUUCCAUUGUGAGGUCAGAAGUUUUACAGUGUUAGAUAAUGGGUACAAGCAUCAUACAGUAUACACAAAAGAAACUCUUUAUCUUUGCUCUUCUUUUCUAAAACAUUUACUGUAUUCAUCCCUCCUUCCAGAGCCUUUCCCCCUCUUCCUUUAUCAGCUUUUGUUUAUUCUCUUAAUUGCUUCUUUUUCCUUUUUGCUCCUUCCCUGCUUCCUUCUAUUGCGUAGAUCGAGUAUCAGAAGACUAGAAGUUCAGUCGUGGUGUUUUUUAAAAACUCAACAAAUCUUUGGAAAGUUCUUAAUAUCAGUAGUUGUAAGAACUCAUCAAAUUGAAUACCGGCUCUCUGGUAGGAUACAGUUCUUUUUUCCAAUAGCUAUCCAUGUGGAACAAAAGGCCUGUCGUGAAUUUAGAGGCUGUGUGCAUCACUUUCUGCUAAUUUUUCCGAUCAAAUUAGAGCUCCUGGACAAGUGUCAGAGUAGCUGCUUCUUAUGUGGCUCUCUCUUUGGCGAGAACAUGGUGCUAUGUUUCAACAGGGAUAGUCACAUGGCACAGCAGAGAGUUUGCAAAGUGACUCGUUAUUACUGAGGCAACACUCACUCAAACACACACAUGCACACACUUGACAAGCUGGCAAUGUGUAUAUGAGUGUGCUAGAAAUCCAUAAUCCACUGAGUAAGGGCAUUGAUUUUUGAGCACAAGGAUUUUGAUGGAAAAAGGACUUGAUAUCCUAUUAGCUGAGCGUCUGUCUCUAUUCUCUUUCUCUCUAUUCUCUCUCUCACAGACAAACACACACACACACACACGCACACACACACACACAGACAUUUAUCUAUAUAUAUAUUGGCCGCAAAGAAUGCAAGACAGUUUGAACAAAAAAAGAGAUGCACCUUUGAACGGUAAAACACUGCCCCUCUUUUGGUUUGGUGUGUGAGUUAUAUGCACAAUUAUCAGGUUGCAAUAUUAUACUUCUGUACAGAGAAUCUUUGUUUUUAAAAGUUAGAAACUGAUUUCAUUUGUUUCAUUUGAAUGGUAUUAAGUGUUGAGUUCAUUUCAAUAACAGCGUGGCUUUUUAUUCUGCUUCUUUAAGAAAAAAAAAGACUGGCAUGUUUUGGAUUCCUGUGAUUUUAUUUCCCUUCCCCCUCCCUCUGGUCUGUCAUUGGUUGGGACCUCACUGUACAGUCCUCACUGCUGGUUAAAGAGACUUGUUAACAAUAUCGGUAGGCUAACUAGUUAACUAGCAGCACAUAGCUGGAGCACAUUCAAUGAAUAAUGAGAGUCCAGCAUGUGUGGUUAAAACAAACCCCCUCCCACCCUCAUUGUUCUCCUCCACUACGAGUCUGUGCUGCUUCACCUCUGAGAGCGAGUGUGUGUGUGUGUGUGUGUGUGUGUGUGUGUGUGUGUGCGUGCGUGUGUGUGUGCGUGUGUGUGUGUGUGUGUGUGUGCGCGCGUGCGUGCAUGCGUGUGUGUGUGUAAUUUACACCAGGCAGGCAUUUAUGUAAGACAGAGGAUGAUUUCUCUUUUGAGAGCUUGUUUGUGUUGUAUUUUUGUGUGUGUGUGUGUGUACUUUUCUGUUCUCUCUUCCCUUCGUCCUACACAUAACAUUUGACCCCGCUCUUACUCAUAAAACACAAAUACAGUUACAUGCACAAACACACACACACACACACACACAUGCUCAUGCAGACACACAUGUUGCGUCAGUACUGUCGUGGUUACGAGAGUGUGUAGAAUGAGUUUCGUUGCGUCCACCAUCACAGAGAUUUUUUACACCGACCUUUUGUUUGAUUUCUCAGAUUUUUUUUUUUUUUUACUUGCAUGACAUGCUUGUGUUUCUGGUGGUACCUAUUUUGCUGCAACACCUGAGUUCUCCCUGAGUUGACCUCCAGGGCUACAUGCAUCAACGUUCCCCGCCAAAUUGGUAAGUGACACAAGCCUGGGAUCUUAAAAAAAAAAAAAAAACCUUGACACCCAGCCUGUGAUGUCAUCAAAAUGGCCCCCAACUGGCUCCUGCACAAUGACGGGCACUGUCGAGGAUCAUGUGCGAAACGUUCCAGGUCUCAGCACAGUUGGGAGUGUGGCCCAGGUGUGCACAUGUUAUACACAGUUCUGGGCGGAGGGAGUGCGUUGGUUGGUGUGUAGUCCUGUGGGUCUCCUGCUGUGUAUCUCACUUGUGUAUAAGUUCAGGGGUUUCUAAGCUACUAGUUGUGUUGUAAAUACUACCUUGUCACUCAGUACCUCUGUACAAUCUGUAAAUAAGUAAAGGUUACAUUUUUCUA